AUGCAGGGCAAAGUUGCCGAGCUACGCCUCGAGCUCAACAGUGGAGGGAAAAAGGAUAAGGCCUAUACGGGCAAGAAGAUUGCUCUCAAGAAGAUUGUCGCAAAUAUGACCAUGAGUAAUAAUGACAUGGUUGCCCUAUUCCCCGACAUCAUUGGAUGCAUGGGUAUCCAGAGUUUGGAAAUCAAGAAGAUGUGCUUCUUGUUUCUGGUCAACUAUGCCAGGAUAAGGCCUGAGAUUGCUGUAAAGGCAAUUCCCGUAUUGGAACAUGAUAUGGAAGAUCACAAUCCUUUGGUACGGGCACUGGCUCUCCGAACAAUGUCCUACAUUCAUGUUAGAGAGUUUGUUGAGGCUACUGUACCAAUAGUCAAGCAUAUGCUGAAGGAUAAUGAUCCAUAUGUGCGAAAAACCGCUGCCUUCUGCGUCGCUAAGCUUUACGACCAUGACCGACAUAUGGUGGAGAACUCAGAUCUCAUUGAUCGUUUGAACUCUUUGUUACGGGACGACAACCCUACAGUUGUUGCGAGCGCCCUGGCUGGACUGAUGGAUAUCUGGGAACGCAGCGAUGCCAUCAAACUUACCAUUGACUAUAGCAAUGCCUCUAAGAUGGUGGCUAUUCUCCCUGAUUGCUCCGAAUGGGGUCAGACAUAUAUUCUAGAGGCUCUGAUGUCCUAUGUGCCACAAGAAUCCGGAGAAGCGGUACUCCUAGCGGAACGGAUAUCACCACGACUGUCGCAUUCUAAUUCGUCGGUCGUGUUGACCUGCAUUCGGGUGAUUCUGUAUCUGAUGAAUUAUAUCGCCGAUCAGAAGCAAAUCUCGGCUCUCUGCAGGAAGCUCUCACCACCCCUGGUCACACUUCUCGCCAAGGGUCCUGAGGUUCAGUACCUCGCUCUGCGAAAUGCUUUGUUGAUUCUCCAGCGACGACCUGAAGUGCUCCGAAACGAUAUCCGUGUCUUUUUCUGCAAGUACAAUGAUCCUAUCUAUGUCAAGGUCACAAAGCUAGAACUUAUCUUCAUGCUUGCCAACGAGGACAAUAUCGAUGAGGUGCUGACGGAAUUGCGAGAAUAUGCCACUGAAAUUGAUGUACACUUCGUGCGCAAGGCAGUGCGUGCUAUCGGAAAGCUGGCAAUUAAAAUUGAGCCAGCUGCACGACGAUGCAUCAACUUGCUUCUCGAGCUUGUGGCGACCAAGAUCACAUAUAUCGUGCAGGAAGCUACGGUGGUUAUCCGAAACAUCUUCCGAAAGUACCCCAAUCAGUAUGAAUCCAUUAUCAGCACUCUCUGCGAGCAUCUGGAUUCUUUGGAUGAGCCGGAGGCCAAGGCAGCCAUGGUUUGGGUCAUUGGCCAAUACGCAGAUCGAAUUGAGAACAGCGAUGCCUUACUAGAAGACUUCCUGUACUCAUUCGCAGAGGAACCUGUCGAAGUGCAGCUGGCCUUGCUCACAGCUACAGUAAAGCUGUUCAUUCAGCGACCAACCAAGGGUCAAGAACUGGUCCCCAAGGUUUUGAAGUGGGCAACUGAAGAGACAGAUAACCCUGAUCUUCGAGACCGAGCGUAUAUGUACUGGCGCUUGUUGUCUACAGAUAUGAAUGCAGCGAGGAAGAUCGUAAUGGGGGAGAAGCCAGCGAUCACCGCCGAGUCAGAAAGACUCGAUUCGACGACGCUAGAGGAAAUGUGUCUAAACGUGGGAACUCUAGCCACAGUCUAUUUGAAGCCGGUGCAGACCGUGUUUAGAUCUGCUCGACCUCGCAAACUCCAGGACUCUCCCGCAUUGCAGAAGCAAAAUCUCCUUGUUGCUGCAGACAGCCAAAAGAGCAUAAGCAUGUUUGGCAACGCCGGAGCAGCAACGGAUAUUGACCCAAGGAGCCGAAACCCGACAUCAGGCAAUGGUCAAGGGGGCCUCGCACAAGCAGUCAACGACGCAGAUGCCUACUUUUCAAGUAUUGGAACGCAGCAGAUGCAACCGAUGCAUGUUGAUCAAGGGGAUGAUGUCUUUGGAGGAGGUAAUGGCCACUCGACGGGAUACGUGGUGAGCGCACAUGCACCUCAGGCGGUUCUUCAACCAGCUCAGGGUGCUGGCAGCAAUGGUGAUUUGUUAGUGCUAUGA